GACAGGCGGCAGGAUCCUGCCAGGUUCAGGUUCUCUCACUGCAGCCCUGGAGGUGGCAUCAGGUCGUAAGGCCACUGUGAUCGGCAAGCCGAGCCGCUUCAUGUUCGAGUGCAUCUCCAGUCAGUUCAGUGGGUUGGACCCCGCCCAGUGCCUGAUGGUGGGGGACCGUCUGGAGACAGACGUGCUGUUUGGGUUCAACUGUGGCUUGGACACCAUGCUCACUCUGACCGGUGUGUCUCAGAUCGAAGACGCACAGGAGUACAGGAAGAGUGAGUUGUCCACCGACCACAGCUUGGUGCCAGACUACGUGGUGGACACCAUCGCCGAUUUCUUACCCGCCUUCGAGGAACUGGACGAACAGAGCAAUUGAUGCGUCUUUUCCAGCUCCUGUACAGAGGAGCACUGAUUGCUUGUUGCAUUUUAAAUGGAAUGUUUAGUUAUGUUUGCACAAACGGUUCCACUCAGCAGUCAAAAACAACAUGCUCUAAAUGUUUCCCUCUACAAGGCGCUGUUCAUGCUGUGAGUACUGGACAGAAAACAUUCCACUCGCCUCAGUGUUUCUUCAAGUGUUGUGCCUCUUUGUGACUCCACAGUUCAUUUUCUGCUGUUCGCAUUUCUGUCAUGAUACUGCACUGCUCGAGUACACUGGUAGCGUGCUUGACGUUAUGUUAUGAACAGGUCAGAGGUAUUUUUGUAGAGCUAUGAACUUGUGUAAAAAGCACAAUGAGCAUUUAUUGCACUUGUUUUCAGAGCAGAAGGGUCCCAGUUGAAGGCCUACAGGCCUGCCUAUUCUCCAUGUAAUGUGGAGUUGUGUCAGGAAGGACAUCCGGUGUAAAACUUGUGCCAAAUGAACAUGCAGAUCCAUCUCUGAUCUGCUGUGCCAGCCCUGGGUGUGGGGGAUCCAAUGGAACUUACUUGCUGUAAACAUGUUCUAUGAUGGAUGACGGGAGCUGAUUCAUUACUUUAUUAAUUUCAAAGAGAGGUAGAAAAAUAAUUAUUUCCUCCUGUGUGUGUGUGUGCGUGCGCCUGAGAAUGUCGUUUUUGUUUUCUUAUUUAAAUACAAGAAAUUGCAUUUUCUCAGCUCUGGUGGACCAGUGCUGCAUUCUGCUUGAUGUUCUAUCUCAGAUCUUCACUGUUUUUAACAUUUCUGCAGACAGUAUUUUGUGAAAGGAUUUGCACCUGAACUUGGCAACUUGAUUAAGCAGACAGUUGUACAUAAAGUGUGUAAUGCCUGCAGUUGCAUAUGUGUUUGGACAGUGACACGUUUAGUAAUUUUUGCCUCCAUACACCACCACAAUGGAGUUGAGAAGUAUCAGGACGUGUUUGUGUAGGCUUUCAGAUUUAAGUAAAAGCCUUUUUUUUUAACAUCAAAAAUCACAUUAACCAUUUAGGAAGUAAAGCUAUUUAUCCCAUAAGUAAUUGGACAAACUAAUCUGUUAAAACGCAACAUUUUUAAUUUUACUGAGUAUGUCCUGACUUCAAUUACAACCAUUAAGAAAUACAAACUGCAUUAUAUUUGGUAAAUUUGUCUGAAGUAGGCAGGUCUAAACAAUUGAGUGACUAGGUGAGAAGGCUUGUGAGGGGAAACCACCAAGACAAGCAUGACAACUCUGAAGGAGAUAGGCUUUUGUGGAAAUGAGAAAGGACAGAAUAGUGCAACAUUUACCUGUUGUACCACCACAGCUUCAUGGUAGAGCAGAAAACAAUGUUUAUACAAAAAAAUCAGAUCAAGUCUAGGCUUGAGGCUCCUUUGUGCAUUAAGGCAAUCCAGACCUCAAAUUUCAGUCUUUAAGAAAAUUAUCCUAUUUCACACCACUUUAGGGUUGUAUAACGUAAUGCAACAUACAAAGGUUGCACCAUCCAAUUAAUCCGAUCACAGCCACAGAAGUCUGUUAGCACCUUCAGAGUUGUCGUGUCUUGGUGGCUUCCCUCACUAAUUUCAUACGAUCACUGCCUACUUCAGACCGGUUUCCAAUUCAGUAAAAGUGAUUAUUUGUAUUUAAAUCCUUGUGUCAAAAUUACUUUUGUGCUCUGAAAAAAUAUAGGUAUUGUGCAUAAAACCCUGUAAUUCCAAAAUGGUUAAUGUAACUUUUUAACCCCUAGAAUUAAAGUUGAAUGUCUCGACCACAAGAACAUUUUUUUUUUUUUUAUUUUAACUCCAUUGGGGUGUUGUCGAAGCAAAUUAUUGUCACUGUUGUGUUAUGUACCUGACUGUAUACCCUGUAGGUAUUAGCAACAUUUUGACAGUCUUCAUCAGUUUAUCUUAAUAGAACUUCUCAUUCAGUGUCAUGCAAGAUAAAAAGUUUGCAUAGUACCUGACUGCUUAUGCUGACAGUGUUUACCCUCUAUAGGAGCUGCUGCAUGAAGUGACAUCACAUCCUUGAAGUCAGGUUCAAAGGAUCUGAGCAGUUUUACAUGGUGCAGUUCCACUGUACUUUAAUGAGGACAUAAAAUAUUAAAUUGAGUUUUCUGAAACACAGCAGAAUCUGCCAAUCUGCCCGUCUGACAGGUGACCGUUUGUACUGUUGUGCCAGUAUCCAUCUGGGUCAUAGCUUCCAGAGUGCCAUAGUUAGAAAAUCAAUUGCAGUUUGUUGUUGGCCAGUCAUACUGAGCUCUUGUGAAGUUUUGGUGUUGUUUAUGUAUAUAGAGCAUGCCAGCAACAACAAUAAUAAAUACCUCAGAUGGAGUCUAAAUAGCAUGCAGCUCAUCUGUUGAAAUCGAUGUCUUGUAGUGUGCAUACAGCAUUUUGUCAAUAUCAAGCACUAUAGUGUCAAUGCAGCAAAAUAGUCUUCAAUUUAAACGAAGCAAUUCACAUGAAACAUUCACUGUUCUUAAUGUGACAAAGCAUUCCUGCAGCUCCAUUUCAAAACAAUGGGUAUGGUUAAGUGGCUGGCAUAAGAUCCUACAGCUU